GAAAAUUAAUUAAUUCUCAAAAAUAUAAGAAUCGGAAAGAGCAAUAUAUCGUAUCAAUUCCCCAAAAUUUGGGAAUAGGCUGAUUUUAGGGUUCCUCCCAAUCUGAAUUUAGGGUUCUUUUAUUUUCAAUUCAAUUUAAUCUUCUCUUUGGUUUAGGAUUUUGGAGUUUUGCUAAUUCUUGGUGUGGUGGUAGAAUUAGGAUUUUAAUUUUUAAAAAUCUUGAUUUUGAAGCUUUUGUUAGGGCAUUAUAAGGGGUAAUCGGAGCUGCCAAUGCAAAUUGAAUUGAAAUCUGAAACAUUUUUAGGUGAUUUCUUUCGAUACCGAAAACGUCAUCAAUGUCUUGGGCAAGUCCAGAAGAUAUCUAUACCUCCACAUCUCUUGCAAGUUAUCUUGACAAGAAACUUCUUGUGCUGUUGCGAGAUGGGCGAAAGCUUUUAGGAAUACUUCGUUCUUUUGACCAAUUUGCUAAUGCUGUUCUUGAAAGUGCAUGCGAGCGUGCUAUUGUUGGUGAUCUAUAUUGUGAUAUCCCAUUAGGUCUUUAUAUUAUACGUGGGGAGAAUGUUGUGUUAAUUGGUGAACUGGACGUAGAUAAGGAGGAGCUUCCUCCCCAUAUGACGCGUGUUUCAGAGGCUGAGAUAAGAAAGGCCCAGAAAGCAGAAAGGGACGCUACAGAUCUGAAAGGCUCAAUGAGAAAGAGGAUGGAAUUCCUCGAUAUGGACUGAGGUUUCCUAUAAUGCCAUGUCUUCUGCAAAUAUUUAUCGCAGUUGCUGCAUGGUUUUCUGGGAUUCCUCGUCUCUGGGGAUGUUCUUUCUGUUACAUGAAGUGUUCAUUGUAACACGUGCACCAUAAAUGGAUAUUCUUUUAUAAUGUUUGAGUAGAGAUUAUUGGUGAUGGUACGGACUGUGGUGGGAUCAUAAAGAUGGUAAAACACAAGUCUUGGGAGUUCUUCCAUUUCCUUUUUAUGCUAGUCUGGAGGAACUUUAGUUUUAUGGUGCACUGUAUAUGCUGUGAGAUGGGAAUUUUUGCAUUUGCCUUAUCAGAUAACAAUUAAUGCUGCGUAAUAUAGUUGUUUUACGUCUACUAUUUAAUUAAGCGCAUUGCUCCAA